AGGUUGGGACAGGUAGGGGAAAGGAAUCAGAUUACGAUUUCCGUUCAUCAGAAGGUGAAAUUGCCAUGCUCUGGUUACAGCAUACCUUAUGCCGAACCCCCGGUUGGAAAGCUUAGGUUCGCUAAACCAGAACCUAUUAAAACACCCAUAAAAGAUAUUAUCUCAGCAACCAAACCAAAAGACUCAUGCAUUCAGCCUUUAUCUCCAUUUCCAAACUUAACUUAUAGUGAGAACUGUCUGUUUGUAAACAUAUGGACACAAAAUGUGGACACCAUUGGCACAUCAAAACUAAAACCAGUUAUGUUUUUCAUACACGGAGGGGGUCUUAGUAUUGGCUCAGUAUUUACUGAAAGUGGAAGUGUGUUGGCCACCAAUGAUGUGGUGAUUGCCUCAACCAGCUAUAGAUUGGGUCAAUUAGGCUUUCUAUAUGGGGAUCGGGAGGACGCGCCCGGAAAUGUCGGUUUUCACGACCAGUUAUUGGCACUGAAAUGGGUCAGAGAUAACAUUCAUGCCUUUGGUGGGGACAGGGAUCAGAUCACUAUAUUUGGUCAGAGCGCCGAGUUCAAUAAAUACACAAAAGUGAUAACAUAUCCGGUGUUGGGAACAGAUUUUGUGCCCAUUUCUGCACAAAAAGCAUUUCAAGAAAUGAAAUUCAAUUCAGAUGUGGACAUAAUAGCCGGUGUGGCCACCAAUGAGGGAUCAAUGUUUGAGGCAAACUUUGGUUUACAGCCCACUGGGAACACCACUUUGGAUGACAUUAAGAGAGCAAUCAAAACGGCUGAUGAUAUUUACCACAAUCUGGAUAUUCAUAAACUCGAAGAAUUUUAUUUGAAAAAUGUUGAC